AUGCCGACACAUUUCCUCCAUUUCCGCAUACCUGAUUUCGUUUUCUGCAAUAAUCUAGGUGAAGAAACGGCCCUUCAGCCUUAUGUAGACAAGGAGAAAGUAAUCUUCACGUGUCCUGCCAACACCUCUCAAUGCGAUGUCUGCCUCAAAGAUGCCUUCCGAAGGCCUCAGGAAGAGAUUCGCAGAGAAAUCUGUCAAUGUCCCUCACAGUUCCAAGGCAGCAGUUGUGAGGAGUGCGCCGUCGGCUAUAGACGCGAGCCCGUAGGUGGUCCCAAGACAAGCAUGUGUGUUCCAUGCACCUGCAACAAUCGCGCAAAAACGUGUCACCCCGAAACUGGUGAAUGCGACUGUCAGUUCAACACAGGUGGCCUGUUCUGUGAUCGUUGCAAAGACGGCUUCUACGGUGAUCCCAAGGCGGAGCCAGGAACUCCAGAGGCCUGCCAACCUUGUCCCUGCCCGAGUGGUGCGAAAUGUGUGCAGACCAAGUUGCCCCUGGACAAGACCACAUCUGUCGUCUGCAUCGAUUGUCCGGAUAAUAGGACAGGCAUUCGAUGCGAGCGAUGUGGAGAAAACUUCUAUGGAAAUCCAGUCGCAGGCAUUCCUUGUCGUCCAUGUGAGUGUUCGGGCAACACUGACCUCCGCGCCGUGGGCAAUUGCGAUCAUGUUACCGGAGAAUGCAAAAAGUGCCUGUUUGGCACAAGCGGACCGCACUGUGAACGAUGCCUGGCAGGCUACCGUCGGAACAUCAAGGCCACCAACCUGACCGAUCCGGAAUUCUCUGUCACACCCGGAGAGACCGCCUACGCGAGGGGUUGCCAACCCUGCCACUGCGACCCUCGGGGUACUCUGGCGGUUUCUGGUACCGAGCUGAUAGGCGCCUGCGACCAGGAGACAGGACAGUGCACAUGCAAGUCCGGGGUUACUGGUCUGCGCUGCGACAGAUGCCGGCCCGGAUUCUUCGGUUUUGAGUCCGGCAGGGUAAUCCUGAUAAAUUUAUGCCUAUGA